AGAGCUACAUAAGUCUAGUUAAUUAACAUGAGCACUGGUGAUGGCGCCACGGGCAGCAAACAAGCGCGCUUAAGCAAUUCCAGCAAAGAUUUAAAUGGUGACGCUGGGGAUGCUAAUAAAGUGGCGUUGAUAACCGGCAUUACGGGGCAGGACGGCUCAUAUUUGGCUGAAUUUCUGUUGAAAAAGAACUAUGAGGUGCACGGGAUUAUCAGGCGCGCCAGCACCUUUAAUACUACGCGUAUUGAGCACCUCUAUGCCGAUCCAAAGGCUCAUAAAGGUGGACGAAUGAAAUUACACUAUGGCGACAUGACUGACAGCAGUAGUCUGGUGAAGAUAAUCAACAAGGUAAAGCCCACGGAGAUCUAUAACUUGGCCGCCCAGUCACACGUCAAGGUCUCGUUCGAUUUGAGCGAGUACACGGCCGAAGUGGAUGCAGUGGGCACGUUGCGCAUACUGGACGCCAUCAGGACAUGUGGCAUGGAGCGCACAGUAAGAUUCUAUCAGGCCUCUACGUCUGAGCUGUACGGCAAGGUGGUGGAGACACCACAGAACGAGCAGACGCCGUUCUAUCCACGGUCACCAUAUGCCUGCGCCAAAAUGUACGGAUUUUGGAUUGUGGUUAAUUAUCGCGAAGCCUACGAUAUGUUCGCCUGCAACGGCAUACUAUUCAAUCAUGAGAGUCCGCGGCGAGGCGAGAAUUUCGUAACACGCAAAAUAACACGGUCAGUGGCUAAAAUUUUGCUUAAUCAGAUGGAGUAUUUUGAGCUCGGCAAUCUGGACUCGAAACGCGACUGGGGCCAUGCUAGUGACUAUGUGGAGGCCAUGUGGAUGAUGCUGCAGCAAGAAAAGCCCACGGACUUUGUGAUUGCCACUGGAGAGACGCACAGCGUGCGAGAAUUUGUGGAGGCCUCAUUCAGGCACAUUGGACGCGAAAUACAGUGGCGCGGCAGCGGCGUCAACGAGGUGGGCGUUGAGCGUGACACCGACAUUGUGCGUGUGCGCAUCAAUCCAAAGUAUUUCCGGCCCACAGAAGUGGAUUUGCUACAAGGCGACGCAUCAAAGGCCAAACGCGAGCUAAACUGGACGCCAAAAGUGAGCUUUCAGCAGCUGGUCAGCGAUAUGAUGACAGCCGAUAUAGAGCUGAUGAAGAAGAAUCCCAUUGCAUAGUGAACAGCCGCCAACAGGACGUAUAGGCACAAAGCUUAACCGAGCUCUAUUAUUUAAUCUUAAGUUGAAAGUGAUCGUUGUAUUUGUCCUUCUCAAUGUCUCUGUGUUUUUUUCCGACGGGAGUUGCAAUCAUUCCUUUUUCUACUUGCCGUGGAUGUCAGCGUAAUUAUCUCAGUGUUCUGUAUAGUUUUUAUUCAAUCUAACAAAUAUAUAUAUAUAUAUCGCAA